ACGCGACAGGCUGCCAUUCAGGACCCGCUCUGACAGAAAGUUCGUGAUGGGUUCGAAGUCGCGACGUCGGUCCCGGUCUAAGUCCAGGAGUCGGAGCCGAGACCGGCGGGUCAAGUCCAGAGGGAACAGGUCUCAAUCUCCAGAGGAGAGGAGAGGCCGCAGUCGAUCUGCGGACACGAAAAAAGCCGCCCGUGGUCGUGGAAGAUCCGGCAGCAGGGGCUCGAGUGAUGGCGCUCCAGCACGGCGGCGGCCUCAACACAGGGGUCGAUCAGGCUCCAGCAGCGGGUCGGAGAACGACAGGAGGCGAGAACCACGCCGUCAAAGGAGCAUAUCAAGAGGUCGAUCAUCAAGCUCUGAUUUAGAUGAUCCCAAAAUGAGAGGGAGGAGAGAGGAAGUGGAAAAUCGUAGAGGAACAUCUCGGGAGAGGACAAGGGGAAGAUCUCAGUCAAGCUCUGGCUCCCGAGAUGGAGGCAGCGACAGAGAUAGGAGGAGAAGAAGAAGUCCUGACAGAGGGAGUCCAGUCAGAGACUGGCGGAGGAAAGAGCGGGACAGAGAGAGAGAAAAAUGGAAGAGCAACAGCAGAGAUCGGGAAAAAAAAGAGACGGAGACAAAAGCCGAGAGCAAAGGAAGAAGUGAAGAGAGGGAGCGAGGGAGGAGUGAUAGAAGUAGAGAGAACAACAGCUACAGAGGAAGGCAACGCUCCAGUUCACCCGACUCAUCUGACAGCUCAGGGUCUGAUAACGAGGGCCGUGUUGUCAAAGAAAAGGAGGAGAGGAAAAAACAGAAGGAGAUGAUGAAAGCUCUGGAGACACCAGAAGAGAAGAGAGCCAGGAGACUAGCAAAGAAAGAGGCAAAGGAGAAGAAAAGGAGAGAGAAGAUGGGCUGGAGUGAGGAGUACAUGGGAUACACUAAUGCAGACAAUCCCUUCGGUGACAACAACUUACUGGGCACAUUUAAGUGGCAGAAGGCACUGGACAAGAAAGGCAUUGGUCAUCUUGGAGAAAAGGAGCUUAAAGAAAGGAACAAAUGCAUUCAGGAGGAAAACCGCCGAGAGCUGCAGAAGGUGAAACAGCUGCGUCUGGAACGGGAGCGAGAGAAAGCCAUGAGAGAGACAGAGCUGGAAAUGCUGCAGAGAGAGAAAGAAGCAGAGCAUUUCAAGACUUGGGCUGAGCAGGAGGACAAUUUUCAUCUGCACCAGGCCAAACUAAGGUCUAAGAUCAGAAUUCGCGACGGUCGUGCCAAGCCCAUUGACCUUUUGGCAAAGUACAUCAGUGCAGAAGAUGAUGAUCUUGCUGUGGAGAUGCAUGAACCCUACACAUUUCUCAAUGGGUUAACAGUCACUGACAUGGACGACCUGCUGGAGGACAUAAAGGUUUACAUGGAGUUGGAGCAGGGGAAGAACGUGGACUUCUGGAGAGACAUGACGACCAUCACUGAGGACGAGAUCAGCAAGCUGAGAAAACUGGAGGCCUCUGGGAAAGGACCAGGUGAUCGUCGUGAGGGCAUCAACACGGCUGUGAGCACUGACGUUCAGACUGUGUUCAAAGGAAAGACAUACAGCCAGCUGCAAGCCCUGCAUCUGAACAUUGAGUCAAAGAUUCGGGCUGGAGGAUCCAAUCUUGAUAUUGGUUACUGGGAGAGUCUGUUGCAACAAGUCAGAGUCUACAUGGCCAGAGCCAGGUUGCGAGAGCGACACCAGGAUGUGCUACGUCAGAAACUGUUCAAGCUGAAACAGGAACAGGGAGUGGAAAGUGAACCUUUGUUCCCCAUCAUUAAAGAGGAACCGAGGACAGAGGAGGAUGAAGAGAGAACAGGAGGGCCAUCAAGGGAGCUCACAACAGAAGAACCCAGUGUGUCUUCAUCCUCAAGGAAUAGGAACAGAGACGCAGAGGAGGAUGAGGAGGAACCAGGCACAUCUGGAGCAGGAAGCCGGGAUGAGGAUGGAGGAGAAAAGGAUGAGGGGAAGGAUGACGAGGAGAAGGGUGAGGUGGUGGAGGCCGUGCUGACGGAGGAGGACCUCAUCCAGCAGAGCCAGGCGGAGUACGACUCAGGUCGCUACAGUCCAGCGCUGCUCACGCCCUCUGAGCUGCCGCUGGACACACACACCAUCACUCCAGAAGAAGACACACACAGGCUGCAGUUAGCUCGCAGACAGCUCCAAGUCACCGGUGAUGCUAAGGAAAGCGCAGAGGACGCCUUCGUACGUCGAGCCAAAGAAGGAAUGGGCAACGACGAGGCCCAGUUCAGCGUCGAGUUUCCAGUCACGGGGAAAAUGUACCUGUGGGCAGACAAAUACCGCCCCAGGAAACCCCGCUUCUUCAACAGGGUCCACACUGGUUUCGAGUGGAACAAGUACAACCAGACGCAUUACGACUUCGACAACCCUCCGCCCAAGAUCGUCCAAGGUUACAAGUUCAACAUCUUCUACCCGGAUCUGAUCGACAAACGCUCCACCCCUCAGUACUUCCUCGAGCCCAGUCCUGACAACAAGGACUUUGGGAUUUUACGGUUCCACGCGGGCCCUCCGUACGAGGACAUUGCUUUCAAGAUUGUAAACAGGGAGUGGGAGUACUCACAUCGACACGGCUUCCGCUGUCAGUUUGCCAAUGGGAUCUUCCAGCUGUGGUUCCACUUCAAGAGAUACCGCUACAGGAGAUAAAGGCCAUAUGAGUGUGGACACACACUUUGUGUAUUAUUUAGACUGUACAUUUAAUGUGUUUUGUAUUGAUAGAGCUGCUGUCACAGAAAAACAGUGCUUAAGUUGCAAAUCACUUUGUACUAUUGUCUGAAAAAUUCAACUGUAAUUAAUGUAGUCUGAAAAUUCCAUAUUAAAGAUUUUUGUUCCUUUUUA